GGGAAGGGGGUGACGCAUGGACAGCUCUAUUAUUAUCCGAGCCAUCGACGAAGGCAAGGACCUGGUGCUCCUCGACUGCAGCGAGGCACCCGCCGUCUCGCAACCAGGAUGGACUUUCGACAGCGGUAUCCUGCGCAUGGAUACGAAGACAUUCGUGGAAUCCGAAACAGAAAUAAGGAAGCUCCCAAUCCAGGGUGGGAUCUUCGUCAGCUGUCCUCCUCUCAAGUCCUCGCAAGAACUGGCAAUGGCAGCGGCUCGAGUGGCCAGAAAUUGGGAAGCCGUCGCCAUCUACCACAACAGGGACCAGCUGAGUGACCUGCUGGACAUGUUCCCUCAUGCCCGCGAGAUGCUGCUGCCUCACAACUUAGUUCUUCCCGUUGAAGGAGAUAGCAGAAAGAUAUCGCGGCUGAGAGAGCUGUGCGGAAGUUGCAUCGGUAUCAGCAACAGUCUUAUGCUCAGCACCAGGAUGAGCCUGCAGCUCAUUUUGCGUUGUCAGCAGGUUCAGGCGGUGGCGGCUGACUUGCGUGGGAUGCAGAUCUACCUCAACCAACCGUCUUUCCUCACCGGCGUCACUCUUGGCAUACACGGCUUCAACCUGGAGACCGGCAAAGUGGUAGUCAUGACCGAGGCCAGCCCUGCGUGCGUGGCAGCAGCAGCCAUCCUGUCGCCCCGGCUUCUCUCUCUUAAGAUGACCGUUCGGAGCUUGGACGCCCUGUCGCGGCUGGACCUCUUCUCCGCCAUGACGACGCUGGACGUCGUGUUCACGGGCGAAGAGCGCUGUUCCUUCGACGACACCGUGGGUGCCUUCGUGGAAAAACGGGCUCUUGUCUCCCUGUCACUGUGCCGCUUCGAUGCUGUCAGGCUGUCCGUGAUCGUCAAGCACUGCCCCAGGCUGUCAGAACUGGUCCUCAAGGACUGCACCAUGGUCGAGGAACAGUUGCCGUCAUACGCGUUCUCGAAUCUGCAGACGCUGUAUCUGACGGAGCCCAUAAGUGGCACAAUGUUGUCUACCGUUGUGGCUUCUUGCUCGUCAGCCUUCGUCGAGUUGGGUCUCGGAGGUGCGGAAAUGUGCGGAUACUUCCUGGGCCAUGAUUUCGAUAAGUCUCGCUGUACUUCCUUGGAAACACUGGCCUUGAAGUCACGCUGUUCUUGCGAUGUGACAGCGCUCCAGAAGCUCCUCUUGCACUGCAAGUGUCUCAAGGCGGUGCAGACAGACAGUGAGGAGCUGCGAAGUUUCUUCGAAGCCAACGCCCCUGAAAUAUGCUUGCUGCGGACCACGUGUGCGACCUGCAAGACAGAGUUUCCGAAGCUGAACGACGUGAAGCAAGACUUCUGGAAGAAUGUGGGCAUCAUCUGAGUUGACGUUCGUCAAUAAAAUCUAUAAGAGACGGUG